UGCCCGGCAAGCCGACUGAUUACGCGUCCCCUGUUGGCACACCGACUCACCGACCUGUCCCACGGGCACAAGUUCUUUCCAAACCGCCAUCAUGUCUUCAUCCAUCGUUUUGCCCCCCGGUUUCGGAUAUGUAGCAGCUGGACUGGUAUCCACUGCUUGGGUUCUUGGCUGGCAGGUACUAGUCGUAGGCAGGUACAGAACAAAAUCCGGGAUCAAGUACCCUCAGCUGUAUGCCGAGAAAGCACAAGCUGAUGCUUCUAAAGAAGCCUUCCUCUUUAACUGCGCUCAGCGCGCUCACCAAAACACGAUUGAGCACAUGCCUCUUAUUAUUGUGACCACUCUGGUAACUGCAAUGAAGUAUCCUGUCUUUGCUGGAUAUGCAUGUGGCUUAUGGGCGCUGUCCCGUGUUCUGUAUACUCUAGGGUAUACCACCGGAGAUCCAGUCAAGCGUAAUACACGCGGUGGCAUACUUGGUGAACUUCCUCUUUUUGGACUUUUCCUUGGCUCCACCUACACGGCAUUUGAUCUUUUACGCUCAUCUGCUUGAAACGUUCCCGUUGCAAGGUUAUUCUAUGCAUUUGAUGUGACGGGUUGUAAUUAGAGAAAUACGUACACGAUCUUGACCGACUUGAUCAAUAUCAUGCGAAACGUUGGAACUGCAUAUUAGUACAUGAUGAUGAUCAAAUAUCGAAUGACACGAAAA